AUGGAUAUAAAACUACGCAGUUCCACAAAAACCACAAAGACUCCUCAAUUGGGGGAAAAGAAGAAAACAGCGGAAAAGGAUACAAAAUAUUCGGAUAAGGAGAACAAAUGCAUUGCCGAUAUGAAAAAACUUUAUUUGGAUACCAUAAAAUUAGAUGUGGACCUACAGCACGGUAUAUAUAAUUUGGAGAAAUCAUUUGAAAGUAAACAUGAUGAGAUUUACGAUAAACGUUUGCAACUGUUGGAAGAUUUCAAAAAACGUAAUCAUGGUGGUGAUCCCAGUGAAAUGGGUAAUAUCAAUAAUUUUUGGCUAAAAGUCCUCAAGGCAUCAUAUACUGAAUUCAUAAGUAAGCGGGAUGAGAAAAUAUUGGUGUUCCUCACCGAUAUCCGAUCGAAACUUUAUAAUGAACCCACAAUUAAAUUUGUUAUUGAAUUUUAUUUUGAACCUAACGACUAUUUCACCAAUCGCAUUUUAACGAAAACCUAUUUUCUCAAUUGUUUACCGGAUCCGGAUGAUCCCUAUGCAUAUGAUGGAGCGGAAAUUUAUAAAUGCGAGGGAUGUAAAAUCGAUUGGAAAAAUCCGGAAAAGGAAAAAGAGAAGAAAUCAUUUACAUCAUUUUUUGAUUUCUUCGAGCCACCCACAUUACCGGAUAAUCAAAAUGAUCCCACCUAUGCUGAUAUUAAUGCAAUUUUACAAAACGACUUCGAAUUGGGUUUCUACUUGAAAGAACGUGUCAUUCCCAAAGCAAUUCUUUUCUUUACCGGUGAAAUCGCUGAUUGCAUAAGUUCAGAUUCGGAAAGCGAAUCAGAAAACGAUAAUGAUGACGACGAUGAUGAUGACGAAACCAAGGAGGAUGCUUUGGGAAGUAUGGCUGCUGCAAAGAAAUAA